AUGUCAUCUUUGCCAGGAACGGUACCGCGGAUGAUGCACCCGGCUCCCGGACAGAACUACCCCCGCACUGGGUUCCCUCUGGAAGUGUCCACUCCUCUGGGACAGGGACGGGUCAACCAGCUCGGAGGGGUCUUCAUUAACGGCCGGCCGCUGCCCAACCACAUCCGACACAAGAUCGUGGAGAUGGCCCACCAUGGGAUCCGGCCCUGCGUCAUCUCCCGGCAGCUGCGGGUCUCUCACGGCUGCGUCUCUAAGAUCCUCUGCCGCUACCAGGAGACCGGCUCCAUCCGGCCCGGAGCGAUAGGAGGCAGCAAGCCCAGGCAGGUAGCCACACCGGACGUAGAGAAGCGGAUAGAGGAGUACAAGCGGGACAACCCCGGGAUGUUCAGCUGGGAGAUCCGGGAUAAGCUGCUGAAGGACGGGGUGUGUGACAGAAGCACAGUCCCUUCAGGUGAGGCCUCCUCUGUGAGUUCCAUCAGCCGUGUACUUCGAGCUCGAUUUGGAAAAAAGGACGAUGAGGAGGAGUGUGAUAAAAAGGAUGAAGACGGAGAAAAGAAAACCAAACACAGCAUCGACGGCAUCCUCGGCGACAAAGGCAGUCGGAUGGAUGAAGUGUCAGACGUGGAGUCUGAGCCUGACCUCCCUCUGAAGAGGAAGCAGCGCAGGAGUCGGACCACGUUCACAGCGGAGCAGCUGGAGGAGCUGGAGAAGGCUUUCGAAAGAACUCACUACCCCGACAUCUACACCAGGGAGGAGCUGGCCCAGAGGACCAAACUCACUGAGGCCAGGGUUCAGGUUUGGUUCAGCAAUCGAAGGGCCAGGUGGCGAAAACAAGCAGGAGCCAAUCAGCUAGCGGCUUUCAACCACUUGUUGCCGGGUGGAUUUCCUCCUACAGGGAUGCCAACACUUCCUACGUACCAGCUGCCAGAGUCCAGCUACCCAUCCAACACUCAAGACGGCGGUGGUACAGUUCACCGUCCCCAGCCGUUGCCUCCAUCCACCAUGCACCAGAACGGUCUGUCGGGCACUGACAGCAGCUCUGCCUACGGUCUGGCCUCGAACCGCCACAGCUUCUCCAGCUACUCUGACUCGUUUAUGAGCUCUUCAGCACCUAGCAACCACGUCAACCCUGUCAGCAACGGACUCUCGCCACAGGUGAUGAGCAUCCUGACCAACACCAGCGGUGUUUCCUCACAGCCACAACACGACUUCUCCAUCUCACCACUCCACAGUGCCUUGGACUCCUCUCCAUCCAACACCAUCUCAGCAAGCUGCAGCCAUCGUUCAGCUGAGGCCUCCAUUAAGACUGUGGACAGCCUUUCAUCAUCCCAGUCCUACUGCCCCCCCACAUACAGCACCACCAGCUACAGCAUGGACCCAGCUGUGGCCGCCGGCUACCAGUACAGUCAGUAUGGCCAGACUGCUGUGGAUUACCUGGCAAAGAACGUCAGCCUGUCCAGUCAGCGCAGGAUGAAGCUGGCCGACCACUCAGCUGUACUGGGACUGCUGCAGGUCGAGACUGGCCAGGCCUACUAG